CUGUCUCUCUGUUCAUCCUCAUUAUUUCAUGACCAUGAUCUUCAAUUUGUAUUACGAUUCCAAACGAGCGCAAUUCAAAAACAGUUCAAUAAUGAGCGCUGCCGUGCACCCAUCAGCACAUGUUACACGAAGGAGACCAAUGAUACCACAGCCAAUGCAGACAGCUGCGAAUCCUCGAUCACAAAAUGUCCCUCAGCCGAUUAAACGUGUCCAGAGCGAGUACAGAAGGUGCUGAUAAUAAUCCAAGCCCUUCCAGCCGUCCUGCCAAUUCCGAACCGUCUACUAGGAGACUAACUAUUUCGGAGAACGAAACACAGUUCAACGAAUCAAAUUUUGUACCAUGGCGAAUUUUUGUAAAUCAACUGGACAGUUACCAUGGAAAAAAACUAGCGGACUUUUUGCCGGAACAACUAUACCUUGACAAGGGUAAGUCGAGCGACGGGUUGGACGAGGCUGAAGAUGAAGACGAAGAGGAGACGGAAGAGGUGGAGGAUGAGGAUGAAAAAUUCAACGUCCCCACCAAGGGCUCCAACGAAUCCCCAAGGAACUUUCAAGUGAUUGGUACAGUCAUGGAUCGGGAGAUUCGCCAACCCGAGGACGUAACGAUGAUAAUUAGACAUCCCAGUAAUCGUGAAUCGUACCUAAAGGAGUUGAUGAAAUGUGGAAUAAUCAUCUUCGACGUGACCCUGGACAAUAAUGAAAUUGAUGAGGCUCGAUGGGCUUUCGAAGCUGUUGCCAAAGAAUUGGAGAAGAUAGCGGAGAAUACGCCAAAGGCUUUUAAGCGUAUAGAGGACGUGCGUUACUUCAUUCUGAUUUCAAGCGUGAUGACUUGGAGCUUGACGAAACCUUUGGACCCGGAAGAUCCCGAGUUACCAUUUACGGAAGUGAAUUAUAGGAAACGCAAGGCUCAUCCUAACUUCAAGGAGCAUAUUCAGCUCGAGAAGGACGUAUUGGCUGCAAACAAAAAUCCUGCACUGAAGGACAAAUUCAAAACAAUUGUACUAUGCUCUGGCAUUACCUAUGGCGACGAGCAGGAUAUCCUUCAUUAUCUGUUCAAAAUGGCCUGGGAAAAUAGUACCGAGUUACCAAUUUUUGGCAAGGGUCGGAACAAGAUCCCGUUGUUGCACGUGCGCGAUCUGGUUACCACUGUCUAUAUGCUUAUACGGAAGUGGCCAUCUCUGAAAUAUAUCGUAGCUGUGGAGCAGGAACUUAUUUCACAAAGAACGAUUGUCAAAAGAAUCGCCAGAGCAUUGUCAACCGGGAAAGUCAAGCACAUCGUCCAAGAGGAGGCCUUUCUAUUGCCUGACGUUAAUCAGCGUAACUACGACGCGAUGACAAUUAAUUUGCGUAUCGAACCGGCUUAUAUAAUCAAUCAGAAUAUCAGCUGGAAUUACGAAAUGCCGUUCAAGAAUAACAUGGCAGCUAUAGUUAAGGAAUACAAGAUGGCGCGUAAUCUCCAUCCCAUUAAAAUAAUCGUUCUUGGGCCGCCAGCUGCGGGAAAGACGCGUAUUGCUCAUCAACUCGCUAACCAUUAUCGUAUACCUUACGUGUUCGUAAAGACACUGAUAACGGAUACCAUACAAAAAUUAGCGAACGAAGUGGAAAUUGCGAGAAGCAGGAAGGUGGCGGAGGAAGUGUCGCAACAGGAUAAAGUCAAAGAAAAUCCGAGUGAAAGUCCUGAUGAGGAUCAGGUGGAUGAGGAGGAGGAGGAGGAGGAGGAAGAAGACAAUGACGAAGAUGAGAUCCCAGAUGUGGAAAGUCUGCAAGAGGAGCUAAAUGAGAUGCGAAACAAUCUUGCACAUAAUAAUGGACGUCUCAGUGAUGAUAUUCUGAACAAAAUUUUUUUCAAACGACUCUUGGCGAAAGAUUGCCAAAAUCAAGGUUACGUUAUCGACGGAUAUCCAAAAACGUUGGAACAGGCGAAAAGUCUAUUUGGUAUUGCGAACGACGACGAACCUGAAGCCGUAGACGACGAGGAGGAAGAAGACGAGGUCGCCAUGUUGGGUGGAAAUACUAAAAUUAUGCCGGAGUUCGUGAUAGCGCUUGAAGCAUGUGAUGAAUUUUUGAUAGAACGUCUUAUUAAUCGUCCCGAGAAGGAAAUUCAAAAUACACAUUACACGGAGGAGCAUAUGAUGCGCAGACUGUUGGAAUAUAGACAAAGAAAUACCGAAGACAAUACUCCUUUGGAAUUCUUCGACGAACUCGAUAUCCAUCCUCUUAUCAUAUCAAUCGAGAACGAAACCUGUCCGGAUAUGUUCGAAACAUUUGUUAGAUGCAUUAAAAAAAUCGGCAAGCCCCGAAAUUACGGGCCGAGCGCAAAAGAAGUAGCGGAUGCUAGAAAACGUACAGAUUCGGAAGCAUUUGCAGCUGCUACUAUCCAGCGAGAGAGAGAAGCCAUCGAAGAUUUUGCACGUAGGAGGGAAAGAGAGGAAAAGAUGAUGGAGUGGACGAAUUUACUAGAAAAAUUAAAAGAGGAAGAAGAGGAACAGUUAUGCAUUUUGGGAGAGCCUUUGCGUAAUUAUUUAAUGAAAUAUGUAUUUCCGACUUUGACCCAAGGACUCAUAGAAGUGGCCAAGUUACGACCAGAAGACCCAGUUGACUUUCUGGCGGAAUUCCUGUUCAAAGAAAAUCCUGAGGGAAAAAUGUUUGAACCUGAUUACACAGAGACUAUGAGCAUGCUUAUGGAUGCCAUAGAGCGUCUUCAGCGAGACAUUCUACCCUGUGAUCAGUUAGACAAAGACCUGAAGAAGUACUUGAAGGUAGAGCCGGAUUCUGAGGUCGACUUCAAUGAGGAGGAUGGACAACAAUUCAAAGAGGAGAGUACACUCUCUAUAUGUAAGCAGCCAUAUUUUUCUGAGGAGUCUGAAGGAUUUUCCUACAUGGAGGAUUCGGAAGGGAGGGCUACGUGAGCCUGUGUGAUCUUCUUGUAAGCGUCAUUAAAGAUUAUGUAUACCUGUUCAAAGGAUCUACUGCGGAUUAUAUUUAACCCUUUCAUUUAAGCGUGACUACCUCAAAGUACCAAAAUAUUUUUACCACCCACGUUUUCAUUAUAAAAAAAAAUUUGAAAAAAUUA